AUGACCGCGGUUGGACAGGGAUGCCUACAGCACCCAUGGCAGGUCAUGCAUGAGAAAGCAUGGAACCACAUCAAGGAGUACAUGGAGAACAACCUCCACACCUUCACCGGCCGGUCCUUGGAAGCAGAAUCCACAAUCCUGCCUUCUAUCACCACAUGGGUGCAUGAUGCACUCAAUGCAAUUCCUGAAGUUCGCAGUGCGAGUGACCACUGUCUUGUGGUAUGGCUCAACUUGCCCACCUCCGGAGUCACUCCGGCUGCCAAAAUGGACUUCUUUUUGACAGCCGUGUCGAACAUCUUGGCAUCACACAAACGCAAUUCCAUCGCGAUUGUUGUCCACGGCAACCGUGCUUCUGACACUGGCAGUUCAAAGAUCGAAAAGACCGAGAAGGACGAGGAUGACACCACAGCGAAGAAGGAAGAACCGGACGAUGAGGAGGGUGGCGACAACCAGACCGAUGGUGACUCGGAGGAGGCUGAUCCAGAGAACCCUGAGGAAGCCGACAUCAGGGAUGUGCGGCAUAAGCUUGAGAAAGCUCUUGCUGCAAAAGACCGGAAUCUGUGCGUCAAGAACGUGACCUGGGUAUUUGACCAGGCUUCGGUCUAUGGCAAGCGGGACGCUUGCGUUGCUGGACUGGCAGUGGUGCACCGCGACAAGCUGAACAUGUUCAGGGGGACAUCUGGGUGGAAACACGGUCUCAUCCGUGAUGUCGCCAUGUUGCCACGCUCGCAGAUGUACAAGCCGGAGGCCACUACAUCGACACCACACUUGGGCAGGGCUUUCACAGAUGCCCAAGAACUGAGACAGGUCGCUGGCGGAACAGACUUUGUCAAGAAGACCCUUGGGACCUUUUUGCCAGACUCGGUUAGCACAACCUUGGUCAUCGACCUGCACUGUUACGACUGCUGGCCAGCACUUGCAGCGUUGGAGGAGUGUGCUGCAGGUCGCCGAUUGCUUUGUGGCAGUGUGGUUCUUGACAAGCAGCCUGACACGAUGGUUCAGCGGAUCGCGAACAAGGUCUAUGAGAGUUGCAGGGCGGAGCAAUUGAAGAUUGUGGGCUUCCCUUCUUUUGCACCUCUCAUCCAGGCAAUCCAGCAAGUGAAGCCGGAUGAUCAGGAAAAGAAGUACGAGGACUCUCCUAGUGAUCCAAUCGAUCACACUGAUCGAGCCGAUGAAAUUGAUGGCACGAAGCCAGAGCAGGAGAAUCAACUUGAGACAAAGCCGCCCCUCUUCCGGAGUUUGGCCAGUGAGAACUUGGAUGGGCUCCUGGAAGAGGCUGAGGAGACUCCCUUGGAGGAGUCGGCCCAUCAUGAUGAAGCUGGUGAUGGAACUGGGCAUGCAGCUCCCGCAUCCAAUGAAACUACUGAUGGGACUGCAACUCCGGUAAGCAUCAAGAAUGAUGAAGCUGCUGAUACCGCUGAUACCCCAGCAGCCCAUCAUAAAGCCAAAACCGCUGGCAAGGGACCGAAAGAGGCCCAGCAGGAUGCCACCAACGCCAGGAAAGAGCACCGCGACAUGAACUACUGCUUAAUGACUACUUAG